AUGGCUCAUGUGGAUAAUGAACUCAGAGGCAGACUGGCGUUGGUCACGGGUGCCUCUGGUGGAAUCGGAGGAGCCUGCGCUCGAGAGCUCUUCAAAAAUGGCGCGCGUCUAGCCCUGACAUGUUCAUCCGAGAAGACCUUGGCCAAAAUUACAGACCUCGCUACUAAGCUUCGGAACUCAACAGAAGACGACACUGACGUUACAUGCCAUGUAGUGGAUAUGUCUUCCACCACGGACAUCGAAAAACUCUUUAAGAAUAUCAUGGAUGAACACGGCCACACCCCCGAUAUACUCGUAUCCAACGCCGGCACGGCAGGAUUCAACAACAAAGCCAACCCCUACCUGGAAAACAUUUCCCUCGAAGAGUUCGACUUCACCAUCAACAUCAACCUCCGCGCCUCCUUCUUGCUGUGCAAGCUCGCCAUGCCGCACAUGGUCUCCCAGGGCUGGGGCCGCAUCGUCUUUGUGUCGUCCAUCUCGGCUAUUGGAGGUGGCAUCAACGGCUGUCACUACGCCGCGAGCAAGGCCGGCAUGACGGGCCUCAUGAAGAACCUCGCGUCCAAGCAUGCCAAGGACGGUGUCACGCUCAACGACGUCGCGCCGGCUAUGAUUGGCGACACGGGAAUGAUUCCCGAUGAGAAGCGCGUGGAGGGCACGCCUGGUGAUGUGAAGAAUAUUCCUGUCGGACGGCUUGGGACGCCGCAGGAGUGUGCUAAUGUUGUGUUGAUGCUGUCUAUAAUGAAAGUGGCCCUGAAAUAUGAUAUCCAAGUCAACCGCGCAGUUAUGGACAAGAGGGGCAUCACACUCUAUGACGUUCAUUAUCGCCAGGAAUAA